AUGAUGUUAGAGGAAUUUGAAGAUUCCUUCGGCAGUUUAUCACCUCUUAAGCGAAAACGCGACGAUGAUAAUCAACAAGACGAAACAAAUGACGACGAUGAUGAUGGAGUAUCGAAUACACAGGCUUCUUUGAGUACUUAUGGAACAACACGUUCAUCGUUUAGUUUAUCUCCUCAACGUAAUAUCAAAAAUUUUACCAGUCGACUCUUUGACAGCAAACGUGCUAAGAAAUACGUCACAUCAUUUAACAAUACUUUUGAUAUGGAUAUGAUGAUUGAUAAUAAUUCUGGUGAAUUUGUUGAUAAUGAUACAAAGCUAAUCCACGAACCUGCUAGGGUACAAUCAUUGCGUCGUGUAUUAUCAAAUCCUGAUGAUAAUUAUUGUAAUUGGAAUGUUACGGAACGAAUUGGUGAUAUGGAAUCAACACUUAAAAUUCUUCAUAAUUCAAUUCCUCAAGCCUUUGAUGGUAUUAUAUCCUUAAUUGACAGAUUUUUGAACAUGAAAGCAACUGUUAAUUCUGAAUACCCUCAAAACAAGGAUAUUGGGUAUAGCUUACAAAGAGUUCUAGAAGUUUUGGAAUUCAAGAAAUCUUUAUAUGGUGAAGUUUUGCAACAGUCGGGGCUAUCAUGGAAGGCCCUGGGAUUUCCCGUUGAGGAUAAUUGGUUUCACGCGAUGAGACAGUGGCUGUUUGGUUUGGCUUUUAAUUGCUCCGCAAUUAUGAUUAAUGAAAUGAAUAAAUAUGACCACUCAAACGCUGAUGACAUAAGAACUACAAAGAUUAUGGAAAACAUUAUGAGUUGUAUAAAGAUUACAAGUUGUACCGUCGAAUUAAUUGGGUCCCCAAACAACGAACUCAUCUCAUCAAGUCUAAUUCUCGCCACUUUUUAUGUCAAUUUGUCAUUAUCUCAAAUAGAUAAAAUGGAAAAUAUUACGUUUACAAUUGAUUCUGAAGAAUGUCAACAAAGUCUUAAAAAUGUUGAACAUUUUGCAACAGCAUUAGUUGAAGUUGGAUUAAGAUUAUGCGAACAUAUUGCUAAACCGAAAAUCAAUACUGUAACAA